AAUUAUGGUUGGCAUCACAUGACAUCUGUGCCAACUCACGUGGCUUCCUCUUCACCAAGUUUUACUUUUUUUUUUUUUUUUUUAAAUUUCAUUCAUAAAAUAUAAAUAUUUAUAAGGAGUUAAUAAGUUUUAAAAUAUAGAUAUUUUAUCUGAGCUGAGUAUCUAUAAGAAGGAAUUAACCUCUCCAAGGUUAUGUAUAUAGCAUCUUUCAACCUAACUCGUGAAAUUAUAGUGAAUAUAUUUUUACUGUAUAAUUUUAAAUUAUAGGAAGAUAUUAUAUUUUUAAGACAAAGUUUAGGAAAGAGUAUUAAUGAAAUGAAACUGACGUUGUAGUAUAUUUUUGUUCUAUAUGAUAAUUGGACUCUGCUAUUUUACAAAAGUGUACUUCAGAAAGGAGAACCCCUUUAAUUUGAAAGAGCCAUGGAUAACGGUGUGCAAGAUAGGCUACUUGAUUCACAAGUAGAAAAAGUUGAUGAAAACUUAAAGGAGAAGAUCUACGACGAGUCUAAGAAGAUAUGGAGAGUUGCAUUGCCAGGAGUACUAUCAAGAGUAGCUUCAUUUGGAUGUAUAGUUGUCACACAAUCCUUCAUCGGACACAUUAGUGAAUUAGAUCUUGCUGCUUAUGCACUUGUACAAACUCUCACCGUGCGAUUUGUCAAUGGUAUACUGCUUGGAAUGUCAAGCGCGACUGAAACGCUAUGUGGGCAAGCGUAUGGAGCAGGACAGCAUCAUAUGAUGGGAAUCUACUUGCAAAGAUCAUGGAUUGUUGAUCUCAUUACACUGACCGUAUUGCUUCCGUUUUUGAUCUUUGCUGCUCCAAUCUUUAAGCUACUUGGUGAGAAUGGGUCAAUCGCAGAUGCUGCUGGAUACGUUUCCUAUUGGUUCAUUCCCGUUGUCUACAACUUCGUAUUUAGCUUGACGAUCCAGAUGUACCUUCAAGCGCAACAGAAGAACAUGAUCAUUGCUUGGCUAGCUAUAGGACAAUUUGCAAUCCAUGUCCCGUUGUCUUGGCUACUGGUUAUCAAGCUAAACUAUGGAGUCCCUGGUGCCAUGAUAGCGUUGAGCAUAUCCUCAUGGUUCGUAGUAGUCGGAGAAUUUGUGUACAUCUUUGGAGGUUGGUGCCCUAACACAUGGAAAGGAUUCACAUUAGCAGCGCUGAAAGAUAUACUGCCUGUCGUGAAGCUCUCAAUAUCUUCCGGUGUCAUGGUUUGCUUAGAGCUAUGGUACAAUUCUGUUCUAGUCCUGCUGGCAGGAUAUAUGAAGAAUGCAGCGGUUGCUAUCUCUGCCUUCUCUAUUUGCCUCAAUAUCAAUGGAUGGGAGUUUAUGAUAAGCCUCGGCUUCCUUGGAGCUGCUUGUGUCCGGGUUGCAAAUGAGCUCGGGAAAGGAGAUGCGAAGGCUGCAAAAUUCUCCAUUAAAGUCUUAGUGAGCACUUCUCUUGUAAUCGGACUGUUCUUCUGGAUUCUCUGCUUGAUCUUUGGCAGCAAGCUUGGAUACUUAUUCAGUGAUGAGAAGGCCGUUGCUGAUAGUGUCUCAGACCUCUCUACUUUACUCGCGUUCUCAAUGUUGCUCAAUAGCAUUUACCCUGUACUCUCCGGUGUGGCUGUAGGAGCAGGUUUACAAAGCACAGUAGCAAUUAUAAAUCUGUGUUGUUUCUAUUUGAUUGGAGUACCUAUUGGAGCUUUGCUUGGAUAUGUGGCUCAUCUUCAAGUGAAGGGCAUAUGGAUUGGAAUGAUAUGUGGAGUAGUUACUCAAUCAGCUGCAUUAUGCUACAUGACAUGGAGAACAGAUUGGGAUGGAGAGGUAUCAAAAGCCAAACAAAGACUCAACAAAUGGUACUUGAAAUCUUCUGGAGAGUCUAAUCAAGAUGAUCAGGCUUGAGAAUUUGUUGCCUCCAAUUUUUUUCACUAUUUGUUUGUAAUUUUUGUUGCUACUCUGUUUAUUGGCAGUAUGUUUAAAGCUAGAAUUAGCUUAUUAUUACAGUUUUUGACAUAUUUUUGUGGUAUUUUUGGAUUAUGAGCUCUAAUUUUCACCUAUAUAGUAAUCCUUCAAAUCUUUGUUA